AUGUCAAUCUCAUCAAAUUCAACUUCAAAAACAACACCACCGGAUUUAAUUACUUCACCAAAAGAUACCAUGCCUAGCUCAGCUUCAACUUCAGCUUCAACUUCAACUUCAAAAGAUCAAUUUUCAAGUUGUUCAGAAACUUCUCCUCCAAAUAUCAAAGAACUACUUAUGGAUCAGGAUAAAUCAUCUAUUGAAAUUUUUAAAAUGUAUCAAAAUAAAAGUUAUCUACCACAUAAUAAACGAAUUUCAAACAUUGCAUGGAGAAUAAAUGGAAUAUCAAAACCAAAAUUAGUUAAAACUAAUACUGAUGUUAAAUUUGGAAGUACUAAGAGUAGUUUACUUGAUAAUUUAAGUACCGAAAAUAAUAAUUAUUCAAAUGAUCCAAAUCUAGAUGAUUUUGAUUAUGUUGCGCAUAUUAGAAAGAUUUCAAAAGAAGAAUAUCAGAAUAAAACUAAUGGUUCAGAUUUUAUCAAUCUGUUAGAAUUAAGUAUAAUUGCAGAUAAAACUAAAAAUAAACCAAAAUCAACAACUUCAUCAACAACUAGUAAAAAAGUACUAAUGUGUUCCAAUUGUUCAACUAAGACUACACCACUUUGGCGAAAAUCAAAUAAUGGAGAUUUGUUAUGUAAUGCUUGUGGAUUAUUUUAUAAAUUACAUGGGGUAGCAAGACCUUUAAAUAAUCAAAAUAAGAAAAGUAAUACAACCACGGUCAAAAAUGAUAAAAUUAUAUCAAAUUUAAACACUAAUUUAUUCAAUGGAUUAGGAAACAACACCACUCAAAACGCAUUUGAACUUUCACAAUCACAAUCACAAUCACAAUCACAUAGUAAUAAUUUAAAUGAAGAUAUUAUAAAUUUGGAGCUGUUUCUUGAUUUUAAUUCACCUAAUAUAUUUAAACAACCAUCUCAACAACCAUCUCAACAACAAUCAAUACAAUCUGAUUUCAAUACUGAUAAUAUAGAUGAAAUAGAUAAAUUGUUAAAUAUGAAUAUUUUCCAACCUAUACAACAACAAACACAAGAAAUGCAACAUCAUAAUUCAAUAACUGAAGAAACUGCUACUGAUCAUUAUCAUCAUCAUCAUUACCAUCACUAUCAUGAUCAUACCGAAAAUCAGCAGCAACAACAACAUACUCAUCAACAUCAACAUCAACAUCAUGAUGAAAUAGAUUUAUUAGAUCCUAAUGGAUCUCCACCUUUUAAUGAAAAUAAUUAUAAUGACAUAACAAAUUCGAAUCAAAAUUGGAACUGGUUAGAGUUCAAUACUUGA